CCGCCAUGUCCUCUCCUGUCCUCUCCUGUCCUCUCCUGUCCUCUGUCACAGGACAGUCCGACAUAAACACAUCUUCAGUCAACACUGUCCACGGCGGCCAUGACAGGAGUCCCUCAACUACAACUACGGUGGCCUAGAAGUUUAAACAGGAAGUCAGACGGCCGUCGUUGGUUUGACAUCAUGGAGCAGCUGAGAUUGCAUCCUUGCUAGUACCGGACCGGUCAUUGAUUAUUGCAGCUGAUCAGCAGAGGACGGGCAUGUGAACGGGAGUGUGUGCAGACAGACAGGACAGGAGGUGUGUGUGUCGGUUCAGCAUGGUUUUAAAUGUGUAGCUAACAUGUUCGGGAAUACUGUCCGGGUCAGAAUAGCUCGGCAAACAGAUGUUACCAGCUGGAUAUAGAGAAGCCGUUAUUCUGGUCCAGUGUGACGGUAUCAUCGUGUUUUAUGUACUGAGUGUCAGCAUUUGUAACCACACCAUGAGCAACGCGCAAGAUAAAGCGACCAUCCGCCAGCAGAGCUCGGAGAAUAACUCUGUGAGUAGCAGUGAAUGGGAUAUGGCAAAUGACGUGUUUGUGUCCGGCUACGACGACAAUCCGAUGGGAGACGGUGCUGCUGCUGCCGGGGACAGGGACCCGGCGCAGCCCGGCUUGGACAGACACCUGCCGCUGUUAUCCCAGGAUGGAAUGAUGCUGGGCCUGGCCGGGGAGGAAUACUCAGGCUCGUCGUAUCUGUCCAUCGACCCAAACUACACUGAAAGUGACGGGAAUGUCACAGCCAAGAAGCGCAUACGGUCCAAUAGCUCCAGGCACCGCGGUGAGGUGGUCACAGAGCUGGGACCGGAGGAGGUCAGGUGGUUUUACAAAGAGGACAAGCGAACGUGGAAGCCAUUCGUGGGACACGACUCUUUAAAAAUCGAGAUAGUCUAUCGGAGAUUCUGUGAGCAGAACCCCGACAAGGUCAAAUACCCGGUUGAACCCGCCGAGGCCGAGGGGAAGGAGGCAGCCAACUCCGGCGAGAUCCAGCCCGAGAGCGGGGCGGUGGACAGCAGUGUCCGGGCUGAUCCUGCCGUGCAGAGGGGCGGAGGGCGGCAGCGCUCUACGUCGGAGGAGAUGAAGGAGCCAGACGACAUCAGCGUCAGCGUGGAGGCAGUGUGUGUGAGAGGGGGGCUGUAUGAAGUGGACAUCAGGGAGAAGGAAUGCUACCCUGUCUACUGGAACCAGCAAGACCGCAUCCCUGUGAUGAGGGGGCAGUGGUUCAUCGAUGGAACGUGGCUUCCCCUGGAGGAGGAUGAGAGUGACCUCAUUGAGAUGGAUCAUCUCAGCCGUUUUCGAGGGCAACAGAUGAGGGACACAUACGAGAUGGAGGUGUUGACCACCACAGUGGACAGCAAGGACGCGAUCCACAGCCUGAAGCUGAGCAGGAGUCACGUGGACUGGCACAGCGUGGACGAGGUCUACCUGUACAGUGACGCUACCACCUCCAAGAUUGCGCGCACCGUCACUCAGAAGCUGGGCUUCUCUAAAGCCUCCAGCAGUGGGACACGACUCCACCGGGGAUACGUGGAGGAGGCAGCACCUGAGGACACCCCACCUGAAACCACACACAUCGUCUUUGUAGUGCACGGCAUUGGCCAGAAGAUGGACCAGGGCCGCAUCAUCAGGAACACCAGCAUGAUGAGAGACGCUGCCAGGAAGAUGGAGGAGAAGCACUUCUCUGAUCGCACCACAGAGCAUGUAGAGUUUCUUCCUGUGGAGUGGAGGUCAAAACUGGCUCUGGAUGGAGACACAGUGGAUUCCAUCACACCGGACAAAGUCCGAGGUCUCAGAGACAUGCUGAACAGCAGCGCCAUGGACAUCAUGUACUACACCAGCCCUCUGUACAGAGACGAGAUCACCAGGGGUUUGACUCUGGAGCUGAAUCGUCUGUAUUCACUCUUCUGCUCGCGGAAUCCAGACUUUGAGAAAAACGGGAAGGUUUCCAUUGUGUCGCACUCGCUGGGCUGCGUCAUCACCUUCGACAUCAUGACAGGCUGGGACCCUGUUCGCUUUCAUCAUCAAGAAGCGCUAGACCCAGAGGAGACAAAGGUUCGCUGGCCGAGUGACGAGGAACGCUACCUUCAGGAGCAGCUGAGACUCACACGCCUCAGGUUGAGGGACUUGGAGGAUCAGUUCCAGGGUUUGCAGACCUCGUCAUGUGUAGCAGUGCCAGCAUUGAAAUUUAAGGUAGAAAACUUCUUCUGCAUGGGCUCUCCUCUGGCUGUUUUCUUGGCAUUGCGAGGGAUCCGGCCUGGGAACAACGGUGUGCAGGACCACAUCCUCCCAACAUCUAUCUGCAAACGCCUCUUCAACAUAUUCCAUCCCACAGACCCCGUGGCGUACAGGUUGGAGCCUCUUAUCUUAAAGCACUACAACAACAUUUCACCUGUUCAGAUCCACUGGUAUAACACCACCAGCCCGACACCGUAUGAUCAGAUCCGGCCCGCACUACUCAACUUACCUAAGGAGACAACAUCCAUCUCAGACUCUGAGAGCAUCCCCAGCCCAUGCACCUCCCCGCCCCAGGCCCGACGGCACUACGGAGAGUCCAUCACCAACCUGGGCAAGGCCAGCAUCAUGGGUGCUGCAAGUAUUGGAAAGGGAAUCGGAGGAAUCCUGUUUUCCCGCUUUUCCCGUUCCAGUGGACAUGUGGGCGGAGUGGAGGAGGAACCAUCUGAUUCUGAGGGCGGAGCCUCGGAAGUGGAAAACGUGGCAUUAGGGGAGGAAGCAGUAACAACGACAGAGAGCGAAGAGAAGGACAAACAAAUAGAAGAGGAGAGGAGAGAGGAAGAGCCUGGCAUGUCCCAGUCCACCUCAGCUGUCAUGGACAGCACCUCGUUGGAGCUGGAGAGACGCAUCGACUUUGAGCUGCGGGAGGGCUUGGUGGAGAGCCGCUACUGGUCAGCAGUGACCUCACACACAGCCUAUUGGUGCUCUUAUGACGUGGCUCUGUUCCUGCUCACCUUCAUGUACAGACCACAAGAGCCACCUGAACCUGCAGAAGACAACCCAGACACCUCAUAACACCACAGAGCCGUCACACCGGGGUCAAUUCACUCUCUCUUCACACCUCCUCAAUUCUGAAUGAAUCAAACUCAUUCUUCAUUUUCUAAUUUCUUAAUUGGUCAAAUUCUUAAUGUGUCAACUUAAUUGGUACUAUAACUGGUUUGAUUGGAAGAAUCAGAGUCUAAAGCUAAGUCUAAAGCUCUGCUAGCAGUCUCAAAUCUCUGACACUAGGUAACACUGUAGAUCAUGGCCCGCAACCUACACCACUAUUCUUUCCUGUUUCAUGUUUCAUACUGACAGUGUGCCAGUACAGAAUCUACCAACACAUCUAGUACAUGUAGAUAGACUGGAACGAGCUGUGAAGUUUAGGUUUGGUACAUUUACAGUAAGGUCAUACUCAGAGGGGACUUGAGGAGCCAGAGGUGGUUCAGGUUCAUGUGGAUUAACACUGUUGUAACCCCAGAGGGUGUCAUGGAGAACAGUGAGUAGGAAAGUUCUUUUAUGAUGUUAGGACUGGUAACAUCAGUCAAAAAGUACAAAACUGUAUACAUUCUUUAAAUACAUUCCCACCCUAUUAGCUCAAACUUCAUGUCCUGUUCCCUUUUAUCUGCCACAGUAUUAGUUCACAAAACACUAUACAUGUAGAAGACUGAUGCAGUGUGUUGUGGGUUAGAAUGGAAACAGGUUAGUUCAUUUGUCAUUUUGGCUGUAAUAAGUUUUCAAACUUCUGCUAGCAUGGAAAACUGACUGUUAGAACAGAGUGAACUGAAAAUGAACUGACCCAACUCAGACACAAGCACACACACAAGUCACCUACCUGUUUUACACAUGACAUCCUCCCAGUUUACGCACACCAACGUCCAGACCCUCUGUGCCCAGACCCCAGGGCCGGUCCUGUUUCCUGCUCUUCUGUCAGCAGUAGCUGUUUCCUUAUGUGUUUGGCUCCAUCUGUGACGACUGCUGAGCGUUUUACUCAUCUGACCACAAACGUCUGUUUGUCCCUACCUGUCCAUCAAACUGAGGCCAUAAGACAGUGCUUGUUCCAAGUCUUGGAUGAGAACACACAGGUCAUAUUAUAAGAGAAUGAUAAAGGGAAAUCUUUUCCAAUGCAAUACGCUGCACAGACGUUAAAUCCUGAAUAGUUUCAGUCAAUGUUAAAGGAGCUGUUUGUGAUUUUUGACCACUAGAGAGCAGAAACACUCCCCGUAACACAGCUGACACACUGUGGUUAUGUCAGAACAGAAGUGAACAGUCUGUGUGGUGUGAAUAAAAUAUGAUCUGUUAUGUGCAAGCCGGGUUUACAUGGUAACCUGGUUCCUAAUCAGCUUUUUACAAGAAGUCUAAAAGAGGUGAGAUGAGAGAAAGCUGCUGGAUAAAAGGAGACAUCAUCAUCAAGCAGUAACGCAUCCUCGUAUUGAAAGUCAUUCACUUGCAUUUUAUUUCUAAAGUGCCAAAUUAUGAGAGGACACUUUCCAUAGAGAGUCUAGACUGUACUCUACAUAACGUUAUUAUAGAGAGCCAACAAUUCCCAUCAAGCAUUCCAUGUAUUGACUUUUACAUUCACACGUAAAAACAGCAGAUCAGAUGAUGUUUCUUUUUACACAGUCUGGACAUGUUGAAGAGCUGAUGGUCACAAUGUUUUCUGCUUGCAGCACAGAGCAGUUUUAUUUGUGGUCACCAUGCAACACGUCUGUGGAUUUUCUGUAGAAAGACGUGUUUGUUUGUUUUGUGACGGUCUAGAACUUGUUGCACAAAAAGAGUGAAGAGAACACAGAAUAAGGGACUGCAGAUGAGACCGCAGCAUUGAUACUGUGUGAGGAGUGCUUUUAAUAAGGGAUGAUCUCAUGAGACAUCAUGACCUAUCCUUUAAUAUAGAAAACACUCAUGUUUACAUGGACUGAAGUAACUCUCAUAAUAAAUUGGUUGCCAAAUAUUUGUGAGUUGCCAACAGACUAGUUGUUGUAGCUGUUACUGGUCUUAGUACUUGCGAGAUGGUGGCAUGAUGCUGAGUAUAAUUUUAGGUCAACAUUAGUCACAGACUAUUACACUAAACUAAACUGCGUCUGACUGCACUUUGUACUGAGGCAACUUACCAAAUGAUCACUCAUCUGUUAGACCAGAGUCCAACAGUCCAAAUAAAAUAGUUCAAUCAAGCAACAACUAGUUCCCAGUAUUUUAGUGUUUGUUUACACUAACGUGUUUAUGUUCUCAUACUGUGUGAGCCAGGCUGUGUACUCAUAAAGCAAGUACAUCUGAGAAUAUAUUUUAUUAUUUCACAUUUAUUUAUUGAUCGUUUAGAUUUUUUAAGGAAUUAAAGCCACAUUUGAGUUCAAACAAAGCAUGAUAUGGAGAUGUGCCAUGUACAUAGAUGUGAUUUAACUGAGACUGAGCAUGCAGACCAACAUUCAGAACCUGAUGAUUCUACAAGUGAAUGCAGCUUAAAGUUUUAUAUUUUUACCUUUAUGUUCAGUGUUUUGUUGUGACACAUUUACAGCACUGUUUCCUGUCCCGUACAUGGUUUCUGUACCUUGAUCUGUGUAAAUGAGUUUGACAUCUGCAAACAUCUGUUGGAGGCGGUGACUCUGGACAGAUGUUGGCUCAGCACAGUGAAGUUUGAUUCAGUCAGUGAAAAGACUGAUUGACUGACUCUGUGUUUGAAGGUUUGUGUGUCAACACAAUUUGAUGAUUUGUUAUUUUAUUUGCAGCAGCAGUUCUGUUUUUAGGAAAACAUCAUGCUAAUUGGGUUUUUUGAAUGUAUCUCAUUAUUUAUUAU